CCAUUACUGAACGCAAUCACCAUACCUCGAGAAGAGCAACAAAAAUCACACCUCCCCCUCCCCUUCUCUCGUCACCGUCUACAGUGAUCAUCUCAAUUUUCUUCCCCAAGUCAAUGAAAAAAGAUAUAUUUUUCGUAUUGUUUUCUUCUUCAACCCUCUCUUUUUCUUGCCCGAGCUGAGCCCAUGGUCGUUUCCUCUUUAUCUUCUGUGUCUGCGUAAACUCCAGUGUGAGGAGGCAAAGUGGGCAUGGCGACUCCGUCUACUGACGUCAAGACCCAGAACCCAGCGACUGCUGAACCAACAAAUGAGGCUGAUCAGACUGCUGCAGCAGAGCCCACCAAACCCGCCUCCUUGCCAUCUGUGUUUGUGAACUCUGAGCCGAUUCGACCGGAACAGGUGGAAAAUGCCGUGAAGUUUCUUUCGCACCCAAAAGUCAGGGGAUCUCCAGUUAUGUACCGGAGAUCUUUCCUCGAAAAGAAAGGCCUCACCAAGGAAGAAAUUGAUGAAGCCUUCCUUCGAGUCCCUGACUCAAGUCCGACUGUCCAGGCAGCUACCAUUAAUCAAGAUGCACAGACGAAGACAGUAUCAAAUGCUCAAACACAAGCCCCAGUACAAGCUCAGCAGCCUGCUGCAGCUGCCCCUGCAGGAGUCAUAUCGAGGACGAUUUCUCAGCCCAGAUUCCACUGGAGUCAUGCAAUAUACGCCAUCGGGAUACUAGCGGUAUCCGGUGCUGGAACAGCUGUCAUUUUCAAGAAUGCUGUGGUUCCUAGGUUGAAAUCGUGGAUACGCAAGAUCGCCUCGGAAGAUGAAAAUGGUGUUGCACAGAAAACAGACUCAAAGCCAAGUGUGGCGGAAGAAGCAGCUGCUGCUGCAAAAGCAGCGGCCGAUGCGGCUGCACAAGUGGCAAAAGUGAGCCAGGAGAUGAUGAAUACGAAUAUUGAAGAGAAGAGAUACUUCAGGAACUUGACGGAUAUGUUAGAUGUUCAACUGCGGGAGAUGAGAGCAAUGAGUUUCUCCAUUAGGAAAUUGGAAGAGCAAAACAAUAUGGGUGCUCUUCCUUCUUAUAAUCAAGAUUACCGCGUCUCUAGCUCAAAGCAACAACCAUAUGCCAAUGGGAAGGCAGAGUUCGACUCACUCUCAGGGAGAUCCUCGUCACCACCGGCUCCUGCUGAACCCUCGGUUCCUCCACAUCCAAAGUCAUAUAUGGAGAUUAUGGCAAUGGUCCAGAGAGGGGAAAAACCUCCAAAUGUCAAGGACAUCGAUGAUUCGCCCCCUAAUCCUCAUCAGCCGAUAUCAAAUUCCCGUGUAGAUCCGAGAUCAAAGCCCUGGCAAUCUGGACAGGCCCCAAACAGCUCAGGCCCGUAUCAAUUGAAUGGUGAUAGUGACCAGGGAAAUGGAGACCCUUCUAUCCCUUGGUGGCAAAGGAAAAAUGUCAGAAUCACGGAAGUGGAAAAUGAAGAAGACUCAAAGGUAGGCCAAUACUAUAGUUCAGGGGCCCCUGAGCAACCGGCUCGGUCUUCAUGGGUCCCACCCCAGCCUCCCCCUAUUGCCAUGGCUGAAGCAGCAGAAGCCAUUCGGCGUCCAAAACCGGCGGUUCAGAAGGAGCAGCAAUCGAGCGAUGACCAGUCGGUGGCUGAACCUUCAGAUGAGCUGCAGAGGAUCACGAAAAUCUCUGAGACAGGAGGAGCAGCAUUGAAUACCACCAAUGGUAUCGCCUCAGAGACAAGCCCGAGUGAGAUACAAGAGGAACAAGAACAGAACUACUGAGGAUAUGAGAACGAAAAAGAUUAUCAAGAGAGGAGUGAAUUCAUGACCGUGUAUCCCGAGCAGAGAUGCCUCAGCUUGACCAGUCCUUCAGCAUGUUUAAUUCGUUGCGUCCCGUGUUUAGUUCAAUCAAAGCACUUCAAUAUUGUUGGAAUGCAUCAAUCUCAACAAGCAGAUGUGAUAAUAAUAAGAGUAGCUCCGCUGGGCUGCACUUGUAUUGACAAUUCUCGUAUGCAGCUACAAGGUUCUCAACUCUCA